AGGUAUAUCAACUCUCCAUCCUGGGUCAAGAGCCUGUAGGGACCUUGAACAUCUUUCUCUUCCAAAAGAUAUGCUAGUCCAUUAUAUUGAUGACAUUACGCUGAUUGGGCCUAGUGAGUAGGAAGUAACAACUACACCAAUUGUUACCUGCACCUAGCAGGCGGGAGCCCUGGUUUGUGAACCACUGGUGAAAGUCGCCUCCCGACUCUAGCCUGGACUUCCAGGAGGCUGAAUCACUCUCCCAGGAACAAGCGACUGUGUGGGAAGUCCUUCCAGGUGAGGGCUCCGGACCGCCGGUAUCGCGCUCAUGAUUAGCGCAGGACCUUGAUCAGGCCGCCUCUCUGAGCCAGAGUCCAGGCAGCCCUGGGCUCUCCGGGCACCCGGUGCUCCCUGACAUCAUCUGCAUAAGUCGGAAAGGUCAAAGCCAGCCUCGGGGAUCCAGUGGGCGGUGAAGCCGACCCACCCGGAAAAGCCACUGGAACUCACCGCGAUUGUACCCUCGGGGAGGCCGUCCCUCCAGGGCGCGGAAACCCUGCCAGAGAGGAGACAGGUUCUGCCCCAGAAGGGAGCCCGCGAGUCAGGAGGCAGCCACCGGGGCGUAGGUCGAGGCUGCAGCUGCUGAGAGGCAGAGCAGCGGCGUCUGGCUGCAAAAUCGGCGCUCGGCGCUGGGUAAGCGGGGCCCAGGCACCCUUGGGAGCCUGGACACCCCACCCCCACGAGGGCCCUGGAAUCCCCUAGUGUUUCUCCCCGCACUCGUGGGCGCCUCUCCCGGCCCUGGGCGACUCCACAGCCCCGGCGCCCUGUCGCGCUGGACAGACCCCUCGGAUUUGCAGGGCGGUCUCCCUGGGUUCUUUCUGCAGGGCGCCUCCUCUAGGUUCCCCUGGAAGUUCUGCUUGUCCCUUUUGAUUUCUCCCUCGGAAUCCCUGCUUUUCUCUGCACUCUUAAGAAGCCAAGCACGCAGUGGGGAGUCUGGCGCCCCCCCACUUCCACUACCCAGACUCUGCUGGGAGCGCUGUGCCUGCAUUUCUUUCCCUGGCUUGGCUUUCCCCUGGCCGCGUUGUAACUUCGCUCUGGUCUCCUCUCACGCGGGUUCUGCGUAGGGUUCUAUUCACCAAGCAGAUGGUAAAGCUGGGGUUUCUGGAGGCAUCACAGACGUUUUGGUGAUUCUGGUAACUCAUUCAUUUGUUCAGAAUAUAUCCGGUGAGUACCGUCUAUGAUUCAGGCACCGUUCUGGGCUCUAGGGAUGCAGCCGAGGUCGGCGGGGCGUCCUUCCCCCCAGACCCACGCAGCUGGCCGCCGCUCCCUUCUGUCCAGCUCAGAUUCAGAAUGUUUGAUACAUAAAGGGAAAAGCAUUUCUCCCAAGAUGUGUAGCAAGUCCCAGGUGCUCUGGGAACCCGUGGAAGGAGUCCUACAGUAGCAGGGAAGUGGACAAUUAGCUUGGAGAUAGAAAUGGGGAGCCCACUCUAGAGGAAUCGCGCCUAUAUCCUAACCAGUUUUCAUCCUUUAGGAAUUGAAUGUCUCAGGCAAGUUUCCCAGAGAUUAUUCUGUUUUGCAAAACUGUUCUUUGACUGAAGAUUGAUCUUCUCUAAGAAGCAAAUGGGGUCUGAAAACCCAUCCUUUUAGCAGACUCUUCUCUGCAGCUGUUCUCUCUCCGCAUGGGGGCCUUCCUGGUGGGACUGCAGUGCCUCCUGUGCCUGUCUUCAGCCUUAUCAGUGAUGGCUGAGAUCACAGACAACCUCCCGCCCAGUAUUAAUCAAACUCAUCUGACCCCCGUCCGUCUGCAAAGGCGUGGUGAAGGUCUGAAAGUGGAGGGCUCAACCUUCAAACUAGACGGUUUCCCGUUCCUGAUCAUAGCGGGAACUGUCCACUAUUUCCGGAUGCCCCGGGAAUACUGGCGGGACCGCCUGAUGAAGCUGAAGGCCUGUGGCUUCAACACCGUCACCACGCAUGUUCCCUGGAACCUCCAUGAGCCCAGUAGAGGUCAUUUUGUUUUCACUGGAAACCUGGAUUUGGGGGGGUUUAUAUUCUCGGCCUCAGAUGUGGGGCUGUGGGUCAUUCUGUGUCCAGGCCCCUACAUUGGUAGCGACCUAGACCUUGGAGGCUUGCCCAGCUGGUUACUCCAGGAUUCGAAAAUGAAGCUGAGAACAACUUAUAAGGGCUUCACUAAAGCGGUGAAUCGCUAUUUUGAUCAGCUGAUUCCCAGAAUAGUACCAUUCCAGUACCAUGAGAAAGGCUCCAUCAUUGCUGUCCAGGUGGAGAAUGAAUAUGGUUCAUAUUACCUGGAUAAAAAAUACAUGUCAUUUGUUAAAAAGGCCCUGGUGACAAGAGGGAUCAAGGUACUGCUCAUGACUGCAGAUGAUGGAAAAGACGUGGUAAAUGGCCACUUAAAAAAUGUGCUUGCCACUCUCCAUAUGAAGAAUAUAAAUAAAGAUUCUUACCGAAAGCUCUCUUCGAUUCAGGGUCUUAGCCCCAUAAUGGUGAUGCUAUAUACAGCACCAUCUUUUGAUACGUGGGGUGUUUCCCGUCGCACCCUGGAUCCACAUGUGUUGAUGGAAAAUGCCCGUGACAUGUUCAAAUUGAGGUUCUCCCUCAACUUCUAUAUGUUCCAUGGGGGUACCAACUUUGGUUUCAUGGGAGGAGCUACAACUUUGAAUGGCUAUCACCCCAUGGUCACCAGCUAUGACUAUGGAGCACUGCUGACAGAGGAUGGAGAAUACACACCUGAGUUCCUCAUAUAUCAAGAGUUUUUUAGCAAUGUUUUAGACCUGCCCACACCCGUCAACUUAGAGUACAUGCCCAAGGCUGUAUAUAAUCCAGUGAAACCAACACACUACUUGUCGCUAUGGGAUUUGGUGCCAUACUUGGACACACCAGUCAAAUCGACCAAGCCAAUCAGCAUGGAGAAACUGUCUGUGAAUCAAGGUAGUGGUCAAUCUUUUGGAUACACACUGUAUGAGACUUCCAUUACCACCAGUGGAGGCCUCCUCUCCUCAAAUGACCAUGUUCAGGACCGGGGACAGGUGUUUUUAGAUAAAAUGUAUGUGGGAGUUCUGGAUCAUUCCACUAAACAGCUGACUCUCCCCAAAAUCCAGGACUCCAAGGACGCCCAUACCCUGAGGAUCCUGGUAGAGAAUCAAGGCAGACUCGCCUAUGGGCCGAAUAUCAAUAAAGAGAGGAAAGGUUUAACUGGGGAUAUCUAUCUGAACAAUUCUCCAUUAAGAAGAUUUGCAAUAUUCUGCCUGGAUAUGAAAAUGAAAUUCAUAGAAAGGGACCUUCCUAACCAAUGGAAGCCAAUCUCCUCUUCAGUGAGUGGCCCUGCUUUCUUCCUUGGUUACUUGAAAAUUGAGGAACCCCCCAAAGACACCUUCAUAAAACUGGAGGGCUGGAAUAAAGGAAUAGUAUUCAUCAAUGGACAAAACCUAGGACGCUACUGGAAAAUAGGUCCCCAGGAAACUCUUUACCUUCCAGGACCCUGGCUUCACCAAGGAAGAAAUGAGAUCAUCGUGUUUGAGGAAUUACAUCCUGGCUUGAACAUCCAGUUCACAAACCAGUCUCAUCUAGGAUACUGAACCUUGAGUGGAGUGAUAAAGUAGGAAAUUGAUUGAGCUGAGUGGUUUCAACAGUGGUGCCAUGAGGAAGCUGUCUGUUGGUCCUGACACCGGGUCACUGGAGCUACCUGGCUUCUCUGUCUACCCCAAGGCCUGCUUAGCAUCUACCAUCCACCUCCUUACCUGCUGAUACAUUCCUCUUUUAGGCAAAGUUAGCUAAUUUGCUUCUGUUGCUUACAACAAAAUCUACCCAAUACACAAGGUAUACCACAUUUAUGAUUGCUGCAAUAAAAAAUGUUUUAACACCAAAUAAAAUGUUGAAAAAAUGGGAAGGUGCUUAGAAUACUGAACCAACAAAUGUAAAUCUUAAGCAGUAAUGACCUUUCCAACAAAGCAAAUAAAAUAGAAAAGUUAAUGCAAGAA